AUGGCCAUUGAGUGUGAAAGCGAGCAAUACGCAAAAGAUCUCAUCCUGGAAGAUGCCCUCGCAAAAGGAGCCACAUUUCACAUCCUCGCUCUCAGCAUCUGUUGCGGCUUCGCCUACAUCGCGACCGUCCUGUCCACAUGGCUCAUCUUACAGCAUGCUCUCCACUAUCUACGUCCGUACGAACAAAGGCACAUCAUCCGCAUCCUCGCCCUGAUUCCAAUCUACACCAUCACCACCUUUCUGAGCUAUGUAUUCUAUAUGCACGCCACUUAUUUCGGGUUCGUGCGCGAUUGCUACGAGGCGUAUGCCAUUGCCAGUUUCUUCACGCUCAUGUGCCACUAUGUUGCGCCCAACCUGCACGAGCAGAAAGCUUACUUUCGAAGUGCGCGGCCGAAGAACUGGGCGCCCCCGUUGAAUUGGUUGCAGAAAUUUAGUGGUGGUGAGGAUCAGGGUCGUCUUAGGCGGCCUCGAAGUGGACUGACCUGGUUCAAUAUUGUCUACGUCGGCGUCUUCCAAUACUGCCUCAUACGGCCCCUCUCAACCAUCAUCGCCGUCAUCGCCGAGUCCCGCGGAAAAUACUGCAAGAGCUCCAAGCACCCUAGAUAUGCCUCUGUCUGGGUCUUCGGCGUCAACGUACUAUCCGCAGCCAUUGCAAUGUACUGCAUCGUCCAGUUCCAUAUUCAGCUCAAAGAUGACCUCGCCCGCCACCGACCGUUCCUCAAAGUCCUCAGUCUCAAACUCGUCAUUUUCCUGUGUCUCUGGCAGAACUACCUCAUAGAGCUCCUGACGGCAAGUAAAGGCCCCCUGGCUCCUACAAGAUAUAUUGCCGGCCCCGAUCUUCGAAUCGGGAUACCGUGUAUCUUGACAUGCGUCGAGAUGGCCAUUUUCGCGGCUUUGCACCAUUUGGCAUUUCCAUGGAAGCCAUAUGCUCUGGAGCAUCAACACAAGCACCCCCGACAAUUCUACGCAUGUGGUCCGAAUCGCGCCUUGUUACAAGCAAUUUAUCCUUGGGACUAUGCAAAGGCUGCUGCGAGGGGCUUUCGCUGGCUAUUCCAUGGUGUUCGCUUUCGGAAAAACGAUCCGUCGUAUUGGGAUAAAGGGCCUGUGAAGCCACUGAACAGGGGGUGGGAUGUUGCGCCUUUGACACGAUCGGUGAGCGAUACGUAUACGGGAUUGCAUAUGGAUCCGGGAAUGGGUGAGUUGAGGAAACGCGGUUUGGAGGGGAGGAAGACGGUUUAG